AUGCCAAACAAAGAUAUGCUAACUACACAGGCAAUCUAAAACUAAAAUGUAACAUAUAUAGUCACAGAGAAGCUCGCAGGUUACUGUGGAAACAUCAGCUGAUGUCUGCAGCCCAGCCCUCUGUGGUUGUGAAAGCCCUGGAUUUUAUUUUGGGAGUCUACAAGCAGUGGGACAAGGGUUCAGUGCCUCAGCCAACGUGUGUUUAGUGCUUUCCACUGAGCAAUGCUUACCUGGGCCACCUCUGCUACAGCACUUUCCUGAUUCUCAGCCAAGGCCAAAGUCUUCUCCCACGACGCGUGCCAGGCCCGCAGCAUCUCCAGUUCAGAGACAGCACAGAGUUUCCGUGGCUGGAGAGGCGCGGGAGGCACAGCCAGCUGCCACGGGCAGAGCCGCAGAUUCUUCUGAGUGUAGAAGUGUGAAGAACAAGGAUUUAUGGCAUCCACCAUGGUGUCUCUGUGCUGGAAGCUGCCCAUCUGCUUUCUCUUCUACCAAGUGGUCUCAGGAAGGGUGAGGAGGGAGGGGCACUACGUGGCGGCCGUGUACGAGCACGAGUCCAUCCUGAGCCCCACCCCGGCGGCGCUGGUGGAGCGACGCUCCGCGCUGGAGCUCAUGGGCAGGAACCUCGACAUCUACGAGCAGCAAGUGCAGGCUGCUGCCAGGCAGGGAGCCCAGAUCAUUGUUUUUCCUGAAGAUGGAAUCCAUGGCUUCAACUUCACCAGAAGCUCCAUUUACCCUUACUUGGAUUUCAUUCCGCAUUCAGGCUCUGGGAAGUGGAAUCCCUGCAGAGAGCCCUAUUUGUACAAUGACACAGAGGUGCUUCAGCGCCUGAGCUGCAUGGCUCUGAAGAACAAGAUAUUCCUUGUGGCCAACCUGGGCACCAAGCAGCCGUGCGAGCGCGCGGAGCCGCGGUGCCCGCCGGACGGGCGGUUCCAGUUCAACACCAACGUGGCGCUGGCCGCCGACGGCGCGCUGCUGGCCGCCUAUCGCAAACACAACCUGUACUUCGAGAACGCCUUCGACACCCCUGCCGAGCCAGAGCACGCGUUCUUUGACACCCCCUUUGCUGGCAAGUUUGGCAUGUUCACCUGCUUCGAUAUACUCUUUUUUGAGCCUGCAGUGAGCCUCAUCAGACAAUACAAUUUGAAGCAAAUCGUUUAUCCAACUGCCUGGAUGAACCAGCUCCCGCUUUUGUCUGCUGUAGAGUUUCAACAAGCUUUUUCAACAGCUUUCAAUGUCAAUAUUUUAGCAGCCAACAUCCACCACCCUACCUUGGGCAUGACAGGGAGUGGCAUAUACACUCCAGUCAAAUCAUUCAUCUAUCACAACAUGGAAAGUUAUGGUGGCAAGCUCAUAGUAGCAGAAAUUCCUGUAAUUACUGCAGAUUAUAAAACUAAUUUAGAGAGUAACGAAAGAUUUAGAGAGAACUUACAUGACUCAUGCAGGACUUUUACAAGCACCUCACUGGAUGAUGAAGUUUGCUUUAAGGAGCAAGAGACUCCUGGCAGAGUAUCUGAAAAAGGAAAGGAACAGUCACCUCCUUCCUUUUAUGCAGAAAUGAUGUAUGACAACUUCACUUUUGUUCCGUUAUGGGGGGAAAAGGGAGAGCUCCAGGUUUGUGCCAAUAGCCUUUGCUGUUACUUAAACUAUCGCAGAGCUGUUCUGAGUGAUGAGUUAUAUGCUUUGGGAGUUUUUGAUGGGCUCCACACAGUGCAUGGCACAUACUAUGUCCAGGCCUGUGCCUUGGUGAAGUGUGGUGGUCUCAGCUUUAGCACUUGUGGACAGGAGGUCACGGAUGCCACUGCUCUGAUAGAUUUCCAGCUAUGGGGAAAUAUGAGCACCCCUUACAUCUUUCCUUUGCUGCUGACAUCUGGUAUUACCUUGGACUUUGCUGAUCACAUGGGCUGGAAAAACAACCACUAUUUCCUCAGCAAAAAUAGAACAUCUGCUGGCCUCCUGACAGCUGCUCUCUAUGGACGAUGGUAUGAAAAGGACUAGCACAGAUACUUGACUGAGUCAGAAAGCAACUGCCCAUAUGUUCAGAGUAUGUGUCUUAAGAGAAAUUGUUAAAUAUCCGUAUUUGCUAGAGGUUCAGGUGUGUUUGUCCCAUCACUGCCCGAUGAGGUCCCACAUUUGAAAUAAUGGCUGUUAGUACAGUCUGUACUCUGGUAGCUUAUGUCCUACCAGGAGUGAGAGAACUGCCUUGCAAAGGUAAAAGCUUGCUGUGAUCUGGUAAGAUGAUUUAUACCAGAAAAUAACACUUCUCAUUUCAACUGAAUUUGUUCCUUUUAAUUUAAUCCUUUGGUUUUUGGGGGCCCUGGCUGGUAGUGAGGAAAUUAAUAGAAUGGAAAACUACUGCAAGAGAAAAACCCAAACAAAAAAAAUAAAGGGUAUUGUGCAUAACAUGGACAAAAACAUGUAGGUAUACAUACAGUUGGCUUUUAUUUGCUGAAGUUCUCAUCUCUGGUUAAGGUGCCAUGAUUGUUUUUUUUCUUAGAGUCAAAAACUUCCAGCUGAAAUCAUUACCAUGGACUGGCCACUCGGGUAUCUAUAAUCCUGUUACACAUUUAACUGAAUGUUACAGUUGAAAACAUCUACAGAAUGGCUAAUCUGAGAAACAGGGUAUCAGUGAUUGUGAAAAACCAGACUGCAGGAAGACACAAUUCAGAAGAAAUUAUGUUCAAAGAAAACAUCAGCAUUGAUUAUCAGUGGCCAUGUUAUGUACUGUUUGAGUACUUUAACUUUCCCUGUUUAAAAGAACAGUCAUUUUAAGACUGUUUUGACUUUAAGACAUCUUACACACUGCUCAUGAAUUUAUUCAAGAGGAGUUAUGAAAAGCACAUAAUAAGCUGUGGGACAGCAAGGAUUUUGCAUCAAUGCUGCAUGUGCCAGAUGGCAGGUUUGUGCUGCUCAGUAAAACACACCAUUUUUUUCCAGAGCAAUAACUAGAUUAAGUGCUAUAGCUGUUCUACUGCAGUGAAGAAGCUGGGAAGAGAAUAUUCAAACGUUAUUAAUUUGGGGUUACAUUCAGACAAGUUAAUGUAUUCUCAAGCAUUAUCAUUUUAUGGGGUCUUAUUGGCUAUUAUGACUUCAUCUGGGUAAUGGCUGUUGAGUAAUGGAAUAAACACAACUGUUCCUUUGGUGA